AUGGAAAACGAAGUUCUCUACUUAAUCUACGGCUGCAAUACAUCGGUCAUGCCCUUGAGACCUUACAAUCUUUUCAGCUGCAAUUCGAGUGGUGAUAAUUUUAACAAUGCUUUCUAUUUAAUCGGGCCGGUGCCAAAUGACCCUAUAUUGAGGAUCAUAUACUGUAAUGUGAGUAUUUCUGUUCCAAUUUUGAGGGCUGCGGGUGAUAGGCUAAAUGGAUUGAAUAUCAGCCUUGAGGAGGCCUUAAUGCAGGGUUUCAGUGUGAAUUAUAGCGAUCCAUAUGAGAGUAACUGUUCUGAGUGUAGUAGAUUUGGCGGUCAAUGCGGGUUUGAUUCGGGUUUAAGUCAACCCGUCUGUAUUUGUGGCGAUAGGCCUUGUCCCUUUGCUUUGACACCUCCUCGAAAUGAUUCAGUACCUUCAAAAGAUUUGGUGGUCAAUGCGGGUUUUGAUUCGGGUUUAGGUCAACCCGUUUGUAUUUGUGGUUAUAGGACUUGUCCCUUUGCAUUGACACCUCCUCGAAAUGAUUCAGUACCUUCACAAGGGGAAUAUGCAACCUGUGGUGCUCCAUAUCGAUGUGGCGACAUCCAAAACAUAACUUAUCCUUUCUGGGGAGGGAGUAGGCCGGAAUAUUGCGGUUUUUCAGGCUUCCAGUUGAAUUGCCAAGGCGGUGUCGCGUUACUUAAUAUCUUGUCAAUCCAAUACCGUGUCCUGGAAAUCAAUAACACCACAUGGAGUCCAUGGACUCUCAAGGUUGCUAGAGAGGAUUUACGGACCACCGCUUGUCCCAGAUUUCUUUAUAACACAACCCUAGAUUUAAACCUCUUUAAGCCUUCUCCUGAUUACAGUAACGUUACUAUAUACUACGGUUGCUCACUUAACGGACAGCCUACACAGCUCGUUAACCAGUUCAGUUGCAAUGUGAAUGGCACCAAUACUGAUAGUUUCUACGUGAUAGAGGAUUCUUCUGCCUCUAGGAAUACUAUCAGAUGUAACAAUAGUAUAUAUGUUCCCAUCAAUCGGACUUAUCAGAGUUUGUUUGCACUUCCAACUGCCUCAGUUACUCGUCUUCUUCAGGAUGCUUUUGUCAGUGGGUUCUCGUUGCGGUGGGAGGCGAAUAAUAGGAUUUGCCAGAAUUGCGUCGGGUCAGGUGGGCUGUGCGGGACUAAUCGGGAUGGCUCAUUUGCUUGUUACUGUGCUAAUAGAACUUCUGCAUUAACUUGCAACGAUGCUCCAACAGGGAACGGUACGUGA